UAUGGUGCCCAUGUGGGUGUUGUGGCUAGCCUGGGCGCUGCUAAGAAUGGCGGGAGCGUGCCCAGAGCCGUGCGCCUGCGUGGACAAGUACGCUCACCAGUUCGCUGACUGCGCCUACAAAGAGCUGAGCGAGGUGCCAGAAGGACUGCCGGCCAACGUGACCACGCUUAGUCUGUCGGCCAACAAGAUCACCGUGCUGCGGCGCGGGGCCUUCGCCGACGUCACGCAAGUUACGUCGCUGUGGCUGGCGCACAAUGAGGUGCGCACCGUGGAGUCCGGAGCGCUGGCUGUGCUGAACCAGCUCAAGAACCUCGACCUGAGCCACAACCUCAUAACCAGCUUCCCAUGGAGCGACCUGCGUAACUUGAGCGCGCUGCAGCUGCUCAAAAUGAACCACAACCAAUUGAGCUCACUUCCCCGGGAUGCACUCGGUGCGCUGCCAGACUUGCGCUCCCUGCGCAUCAACAACAACCAGCUGCGUACACUGGCUCCCGGCACCUUCGACGCGCUAAGCGCGCUGUCACAUCUGCAACUCUAUCAUAACCCCUUCCAUUGCGGUUGCAGCCUUCUGUGGCUGCAGGCAUGGGCCGCGAGCACCCGGGUCUCGCUACCGGAGCCCGAUUCCAUUGCGUGUGCCACGCCUCCCGCGCUGCAGGGCGUUCCGGUGCACCGUCUGCCGGUCCUGAACUGCGCACCGCCCAGCGUGCGUCUGAGUGCCGAGCCGCCUCCCGAGGCUCCGGGCGGCGAGUUGCGCGCUGGCUUGGCGUUCAUGUUACACUGUGUCGCCGAAGGGCACCCCACGCCCCGCCUGCAGUGGCAACUUCAGAUCCCAGGUGGUACCAUAGUCUUAGAGCCGCCGGUCCAGAGCAGAGAGGACGACGAGGACGGGGCAGAAGACAGGGAGGAGGAAGGAGAGGGGGACGGGCCAACGCAGACGGGUGCCCCAACUCCGAGUCCGGCACCCGCUUGGCCCGCGCCCCCAGCCACCCCACGCUUCCUGACACUCGCAAAUGGCUCCCUGUUGGUACCCCUCCUGAGUGCCAAGGAGGCAGGCAUCUACACGUGCCGUGCCCACAACGAGCUGGGUGUCAACUCCACGUCAGUACGCGUGUCGGUGACGGCUGCCGGGCCGCCAAAGCACGCUCCUGGCUCAGGGGGAGACCCCGAGGGGCAGGCCCCAACCUCCGAACGCAAGUCCACAGCCAAAGGCCGGGGCAACAGCGUCUUACCAUCCAAGCCUGAGCGCAAAAUCAAAGGCCAAGGCCUCGCCCAGGGUAGCAUCCUUGGAGAGACGGGGGCGGGGCCGGAGGAGGAGGCAGGUGAGGGAGAUGAGGCGGAAGACCAGGUCUCUGCGGACCCGGUGGAGGAGCAGCGUUGUGACCAAGGGGACCCCUCGCGGUACGUGUCCAACCACGCGUUCAACCAGAGCACAGACCUGAAGCCUCACGUUUUUGAGUUGGGUGUCAUCGCGCUGGACGUGGCGGAGCGCGAGGCGCGGGUGCAGCUGACGCCGCUGGCGGCGCGCUGGGGCCCUGGGAAUGGCGGGGCUGGCGGAGCGGUACGGCUUGGGAGGCGACCCCUGCGCCUGCUCUAUCUGUGCCCGGCGGGAGGCGGCUCAGCAGUGCAGUGGUCGCGCGUGGAGGAAGGCGUCAACGCCUAUUGGUUCCGCGGCCUUCGGCCUGGCACCAACUACUCCGUGUGCCUGGCGCUGGCAGGGGAGGCCUGCCACGUGCAAGUUGUAUUCGCCACCAAGAAAGAGUUGCCCUCGCUGCUGGUUAUCGUGGCGGUGAGCGUGUUCCUCCUGAUGCUGGCCACGGUGCCUCUGCUGGGCGCCGCGUGCUGCCAUCUGCUGGCCAAACACCCGGGGAAGCCCUACCGUCUGAUCUUGCGGCCGCAGGCCCUCGAUCCCAUGGAGAAGCACAUCGCCGCCGACUUUGACCCGCGUGCCUCCUACCUCGAGUCCGAGAAAAGCUAUCCGACAGGUGGCGAAACGGGCGGCGAGGGACCAGAGGAAGCCCCCGGGGAGGGUCUUGACGAAGACGCGGAGCAGCGGGGCCCAGGCGGGGACUUGCAGAGAGAGGAGAGCCUGGUCACCUGUUCGCUGGUGGAGUCCCAGUCCAAGACCAACCAAGAAGAGUUCGAGGCGGGCUCAGAGUACAGUGAUCGGCUGCCCUUGGGUGCCGAGGCGGUCAACAUUGCCCAGGAGAUUAAUGGCAACUACAGGCAGACAGAGGGCUGAACCCCUAGCCCUCCGGCCUGCCCAUUCUCAUCCCCCACCUUUGGGUGCCAGGGAGCCGAAGCCUAGGGCUGGCAGGAUUUAUGCCCCCCUCGCUCUUUUCUAAAGGCAUCUGUAUGUACACAGUCAAUAAAACAAUUGAUUU